UGUUUGCCGGGAAGAGCGUGUCAGUGUGAUGGAGCAGACGAGGGCAUUCGUUAUGAGACUGAAAAUGAAGGAGAAACCAGCCCAGCUCGUCGUCAUCUGUUUUCUGCUGUUCAUUGACGGUUUUGUAGCAGUGUUGAAUUGCAGCAGCCCAACCCGUAAAGCCUUGUACCAUGCACUUGAAAAGGAAUUACUCCCUAUUAAAGGGGUGCUUCCUAGGAACAACUUCACAGAGUCACUUGAAGUCACCAUCAGUAUCACUGUGGUGGGACUUUUAGGAGUGGAUGAAAAGGCCCAAACCAUGACGAUAGUAAUAUGGCAAAUCCUGGAGUGGCAAAUAGAAGGACUGAGUUGGGAUAAAGACAAAUGUGGAGCUGAAAGACUCUCUAUCCCUCGGGAAAUGCUAUGGGUCCCUGAUGUGCAGAUUGGAGAGUUCAUGGAUGAGGAUAUUUCUCCUAAAACUCCCUAUGUCUACUUACACAACACAGGUUACGUAUAUGAUGAUAAACCGCUUAGAGUGGUCAGCUCGUGCAGAUUAGAAAUCUACUCUUUCCCAUUCGAUGUCCAAAACUGCUCGCUGACCUUUGGAGCAUACGUCCAUUUUGCUUCAGACAUACAGAUGAUUCAAGGUGCCACAGCUGAAGAGAUCCUGGAGGAGUCCAGACAAGUGAUCGCGACCAAUGGGGAGUGGGAGCUCGUAGGCCUCAGCGUAACUCCAUUUACACUGGCCUUACAGGAGAGCUACUCUGAAGUCAGAUACGAUAUCGUCAUCAGACGCAGACCGACCAUCUACGUGGUGAACCUGCUGAUCCCGAGCUGCUUCCUCGUCACAGUGGACCUCUUCAGCUUUUUUCUGCCCCCCCAUAGUGUGGACCGGGGCUCCUUCAAGAUGACGCUCAUCCUGGGAUACACAGUGUUCCUCCUCAUCAUGAAUGAUCUGCUGCCUGUCACCGGGGAAACAACACCUCUCAUCAAUGUUUUCUUCUGCCUCAGCCUGGCUCUGAUGGUGGCCAGCCUGUUGGAGACGGUGUUUAUCACUAAUAUCCAGUUCAGCUCAAGUCAGUACAGUGCCGUGCCAAAGUGGCUCAGCAUCCUCGUGCUGCAAUAUAUUGCUGUUGUAGUUUGUCUCCCACCAAAGAAAAAGAGCAACAGAGUCACCGUCUUCCUUAACCAAAAUACAAGAGAACCAGCAAUGGAUCCAAACAUCAGCAGCGUCUCAAGGAGUGAGACUUUCUCUAGUGAUGAAACUUCAGUGAAACCCCCUCCGACUCCCCCGAUCCCCCUGCUCCCCUCAGCCCACCCAGAGCCGGCCCUCGAUGAGCUGAAGAGGCUGAGCAGAGACCUCACAGCCAUACGCCUGCAGAUAGACAAUCACUUCAAGGGGACCAAUUCCUCGCAGGAGUGGCAGAUGAUCGGGAUGGUCAUGGAUCGUCUUCUGUUCUGGUUGUACAUCAUCUUCAUCAUCGCCAGCUUCAUCACCAUCAUCUGUAUCUGGAUCUGGAACAAUUCCUAUUCAGUAUGAUUAUGAUAAAGGGUUAAAAGACUGAUCGGAAUACAGACAAUGUUGAUCAUCAACAAGAGAAGCUACAGUAAUUUAACCUAUUCAAACACACACUGAUCAGCAUUUUAUCCUGAGACAUUGAACAUGUUGAUUAACUCUCUCAUGGUAUGCAAUGUGACUUUUCACUUAUUGGAAAAGUUUGCUGGAGUUCUAAUGCCACAGAAAUAUUUGUUAAGUUUAUAUAAAGCAGGGUGGGAUGGGAUUUACAUGACUUAAAUUCUACUUGCACUGAAUACUUCCAUGCUGUGUCAAUCAAAACGGUUCCAGAGGUUGAAACUUUCUGAUGUAAAAAAAAAAACGUAUUAUAAAGUAUACCAUGUUUACCAUCUACGUUUUACCUUAUGCAUGCUAAUAUUUUCUAUAUAUUCAAAUCAUGUUGCAGUCCUCCAUCAGCCCGUUGAAGUUUAUUUCAACAAUAAUGACCGGCGGCCACUUAUAAAACCACUUAUUUACUUUGAAAGUCUUACAGUAUUUAAACAUAAAGUCUGAUAGAGUUUAGAAUGUUUUUGGCUGUAAUAUCUGUUUUACACCCAAGAGCAAAUGAAAAUCAAUCGCACACAAAGUGCACAAAAAAACAUGCUCAUCUCACCGCGGCCGUCCAAAAAACCGACCAUUGUAGCAUAUCAAAAUGACAUCCUAUUGACUUUAUCCUAUAGGAAACAUUUAUGGGAUAAAGUCAUAUUGUCCUGGGAUUAGAUACUGCUAUUAGACUCGUUUGAGAUUUUAACUGUUCUGUGCUGUAAAUCUGAUAUUUGAAACUGCUUGAGGCUUUUUUUUUUUAUUACAGAUUAAAAGCAAAGAUGAGCAUAUAUUUCGACUACGCAGUACAGAGAGACAAGAACGGUCUGUGGCUCCCAAAGGAGGAGGUGUGGAAAAAUAAAACGCUUGGCUGGUUAUCAGAGCUGUGGGACAACAAGUCCUGUGAUGUCCUGGUUGUGUUUAAGAUGUAGAUACAAUAUCACAUAGUUCAGGGGGUAGUUCUGCAUUUAUUUACAGCAUUCAUGAGGACCACAAACUUACUCACGAGCAGGUGAUUGUGAAGGCCCCUACAAUAAAGGAGUACAAUUUUAAGGGUGAGAUAAGAUUUGAGAAGAAAUGGAGAAGCAAAGUUUUUGACUGCAUUAAGUGGCAUACCAAUCAUUUGCACCCGUUUGAAUCCCUGUAUACUGUGGGCUGCUUCUCUUAAUAACUUUAAUAUAAAUCACAAAACCUUCUGGUCUUGUUCAGCAGCUGUGCUUCAAAGGCUAACUGUAACCUUAAAUCUUAAUUGGUUAUAAUGUAUCAUGGACCAGUCAAUCAGUGGAUUACAAAGAAACUCUACUGAAAUACUCACCAUAUCACCAGUGGCCAUUCUAGAGACUAUUGUCUAAAAUCAGUUUCAGCAUUCAGCAUGGCAAUGAAAGUGAAUGCUGUCAAAUGGGGCCCCCUUAAGGAGGUUUCCGACUGUCACUGCAAAAUUUGCACAUUAUGGGUCGCUAUAUUAGUUUUAAUUUUGUCAGCCCCCUAUUGGUCUGGGGCCCCCUAUUGGUCUGGGGCCCCAAGCAGUUGCCUGCCUUGCCUGUUGACAAGCAGCGCCUCUAGGUGGUGCUAUUGCUUGUUCAGUUUUUGUACAUCGUCAGCUUUAUGGAAAGAUUGUAAAAAGUGAGAUCUUUUUAUUAAAAGUGUUUAUUUACUGUU